AUGGCAGAUGAGACCUACAAAAAUCUGGUCUCCCGACGGAAAGACUCAAUCUUUGUGAGAAUAAUUCAAAGGGAAAUCCCAGCCAACAUAAUUUUUGAGGAUGAUUCGUGUUUUGCUUUCCAUGAUUCUUGCCCCCAAGCCCCAACUCAUUUUCUAGUGGUACCAAAGAAACCCAUUUCCUGCAUGUCUGAAGCAGAAGAUUGUGAUGAAAGUCUCAUUGGACACUUAAUCAUUGUUGGCAAGAAAUGUGCCUCUGAGGUGGGCCUGAAGAAGGGAUACCGGAUGGUUAUCAAUGAAGGUGCAGAUGGGGGACAAGCAGUCUUACAUAUUCAUGUCCAUGUACUUGGAGGCCGUCAAAUGAACUGGCCUCCUGGAUAA